GCCACACCAAGCGUUGACUGUUCUGAAUCCAAUUUUUAUGCCCAUAUAGUAUAUUUGUACUCCCUUUAAACCAAGUGGGCUAAUGACAUCUUUGUAAGAUUGUCGACUGAAGAGAGCGGGGGUAAGCGAAACCGAAUAUCUAACGAAUGUCGAACGUCAAACUAACUUUACCGAGGUGUGUAAUUCCAGGUGCGUAAGAGUGUCAUGGAUAAAGCGAAACUACCGCAGCUGAGAUCAGCGAUUGGGAAUGUCGGGGACGCGAUAGUCGUCAUGAGCCUCUGCACCGUCACCGGUGCCUUUAGGGUCUGUUUUUCAGCGUCGUUAUGGUUUCGUGUGGAAGAAUUUCUGGACGCAUAGGUGGGAGCGCGCCGUGUCUUCACACCGUACUGCACUUGUUUCUUUUCCAUAUAAAACGCACAGCGUAAACAUGGACACAUCGAAGGAAACCAGGAAACAAACAAUCAAAGCGAAAUCGGCUAACCGCAAGAAUAAGACGCACAAGUCUCAGAAGCUGUUCAGAAGGAAAUCGUUGAAAUCGUUGGGGAAUUUCAUGAGCAGGAUUGUCAAAACUUUGGGUACUUUGGCACAUUUCGGGGACGCGGACCAGCCGGACGCGGCGGAGGAUGAUGAUGGUGGGUUUGGAGACACUCGGAGUGCCCACAGCUCAGGGAAUUACAGAGAGAACUCGGCAUGGAAGACCUCUGCGCCUUCAUCUUCUCAUGGAUCUGUCAAAGAAAGACUGUCCUGUUGCUACGGCGAUAAAACUCCUGGAGUUCAGGGUCUGAAGAACCACGGAAACACCUGUUUCAUGAACGCCGUGGUCCAGUGCCUGAGUAACACUGAACUUCUGGCAGAGUAUCUGGGUCUGGAGCAGUUCAAAUGUGAAUUAAAUGAGGGGAGAAUCAACGGGAUGGUGAAGAGCGAGGAGGUUAGGGGUGAGGUGACGGAGAAGCUGGCAUCACUAGUGAGGGCGCUCUGGACGCUUGAUUACACGCCUCAGCUGUCGGUGGAUUUCAAGAGUGUUGUGUCCAAGUAUGGCUCUCAGUUCAAGGGGAAUGCUCAGCACGAUGCUCUGGAGUUUCUACUCUGGCUACUGGAUCGAGUGCAUGAGGAUGCCAACCUCUACACCAACAACAACCACAGCAGCAGAACCAAAUCCUCCAGCAAGGGUCUUGUGGGAGAUGAGGAGAGUUUUUGUUCUGGCCCAGCAAGCUCACAGCAGCCUGGAACCCGACACAGUUUUGUACAAGAGCACUUCCAAGCUCAAUACAGGUCAUCACUUACAUGCCCUCAUUGCCUUAAACAGAGCAACACCUUUGACCCUUUCCUGUGUAUUUCCCUACCAAUCCCACUACGACAGACCAGGGCCCUGAAUGUAACUCUGGUGUUUAACACUGAAGGGCAAUGCUUUCUGAGAGUAGGGUUGGCUUUGCCUCUCUUUGGGUCUAUCUCGACACUCAGGGCCAUAGUAGCAGAGGAGGGGAAGAUCUCUCCAGACCAGGUGAUUUUGACAGAUAUGAACUCAAAUGGAUUCCAACGUUCUUUCUCUGAUGAAGAUGAUAUGACGAGUAUCUCAGAGAGUGAUGUCAUCUACGCCUUUCAGGCCCCUCCCCUCUUCAUGAGAGGAGGCUCCAUGCGAUUCUCAGGGUUCCAUCACUCCCUCCCUUCCUCCCCAUACACAACAGGACCCGGAGGUCAGCGGUUACCACCCUCAGGGACAUUAUCAUCAGAAUUCCUGAAUCAGGGUGGCUCUUCAAGGAUCCUUCUUUUAUUCUGCAAUGUAGUAGGAUCUGGCCAACAAGCUACUAGGUUUGGUCCUCCCUUCCUGAUGAGAGUAGAAAGGACACUUUCUUGGGACCAACUGCAACAGUAUGUCUGCAGCAAACUUUACAUAUUUCAAAAAAACUUGAUUAUAAAGACAAGUGAACUGUUUAAGAUCCGUGUGGUGGGUGGGUCAGCAUCCUGCAGUUACCUGUCUCCUCAUGACAGCAGACCACUGUACCACCCAACCGUGGACAGGGCUCUUAAGUUUUGCGGUCCCGGUGGUCCUCUGCAUGUAAAGCUCGUCAUUGAAUGGGAGAACAGAAUCAAAGAAUGUCUCUUUGGUAACAUUCAAGAGGAGGUUAUUGAGGAUGCAGAGAGUGUUAGAAUCCAACAGCAGAAUCAUGUACAGCAGCACAGCUGCACACUGGAUGAGUGCUUUCAGCUCUAUACCAAAGAAGAGCAGUUAGCACCAGAUGAUGCUUGGAAGUGCCCCCACUGUAAGCAGAUGCAGCAGGGCAUGGUGAAGAUGAGCUUAUGGACCCUGCCUGACAUCCUGAUCCUGCAUCUAAAACGCUUUCGACAGGUGGGCAAACGGAGGAACAAGCUCUCUACCCUCAUUCGCUUUCCUGUUAGCGGUCUGGAUAUGACUCCCCAUGUGGUGAAACGCAGUCAGAGCAUGAAGAAUCUGGCCCCGUGCCCUCCCACAUGGAAACAUGGAGAUACUGACUUCCUUUACGAUCUGUAUGCAGUCUGUAACCACCACGGAGGCAUGCAUGGAGGCCAUUACACAGCUUAUUGUAGGAAUUCAGUGGAUGCCCAGUGGUACAGUUAUGAUGACAGCAGUGUGGAGCUGGUGCCUGAGGAGGAACUGUGCACGCGAGGGGCAUAUAUCUUGUUCUACCAGAGAAGAAAUGUCAUCCCACCCUGGUCCGCCAACAGCUCCAUCAUAGGUUCCACCAGCUCCUCCAUGUCAGACCACUGGCUCAUCCGUUUGAAUGGUGACAGUAAAAGGGGAAGUAUGGUAUCACGGUCUUCCACGACAUGCCCUUCUUACAUCCAAGACUCACCAGAGUCUCCUGUCUUCCAAAACGAACCCUUAAUGGAGGAGAGAGUGUCUUUAGGUGGGUUUGAAAGCAGACCUUUUGUGCGAGGCAUACAGGGACGUAGCGUAAGCAUGAGAACCCCCACCAAGACCAGAGUGAUGCCACUGCGAUGGUCCUUUGGAAACAAAGACCACCACAAACCUGCCCCAGCUCCAGUCCCUGCUCAAGCAGAGCUGGUUGAGUAUUUAGAGUCUGGCAGGAGGCCAAAAUGCACCAAAGACCCUAUUGUUUCCCUAAUGACUCCACCCUCGGAUAAAGAAGACAAUUCGAAAAAACCUGCUGCCAGAUCUUCAAGUCACAGCAGUCUUGAACAUCCAGAAUAUCACAAAAUACCACAGGGUCAAGAAAGGAACAGCUCAGAGAAGGCAACAGGUCAACUACCCAACAGCAACAGCAGACCAAGAGAAGAUGGUACUUUGACAAGAAGGAGCAACAGAAAAUCAAAACAGGAUCAUACACAGUCCAGAAAGAGCUCCAGUGCUGGAAUCCAAUCUAGCUCUAGUACUCAAAGUGGAUGGGACACUAUGCAAAGGGUUAGUAAACGAGAUCCAGGCGAGGAGGAAGACCAGCCAGAGGACAAACAGAGAAAGGGAUUUGAGACAAAGUGCCAUGAUAGUGUCUUUUCCUUUCUCAAAGGCGGCUUCAUGAGGAAAGACCCACUUCGGAGGUCUCGGGACAGCGAGUCUUUAAAAAAGGGUGAAGCAGGGAUGAAGAGCCCAUCUGGACAAUCUCUCUCCAAUGGGGCCCACGGUAGAACUUCAGAAGAUAAAGCCAACAGCAUUAACCAAAAUCGUAGCAGACACGGUGGUGAACUUGCGAAUGGCAAGGUGAGCCGCGGUUCAACAGACAUAAAACGCUCACAAAGUUCUUCCAAUAUUCCAAGCAAGGCUGAUUUAAGCUUGAGAAGAACGGCAUCUCUGCACAGAAAUGGCACAUCAGCGGCCCAGCCGCAAAGCUCGUACGGGGACAGGGGCUCUCAGAACACACUGCAACGCACACGCUACAGCACAAACUCGCUGGGCAGGAAGAAGACAGUGCCUGAAUCAAGCUUCUGAGACUUCAGUGCAUUACACCCAAAUAAUGAAACAGUAGCACAGUGACAAAUCUAAAAAUCAAAGAAGUGCAAAAGGAUUAUGGUAAAAAUGUGACAUGAAAGCUUUGAAAGGGUUGCCAAACGAGGCAGCAUGCAAACUAUGAAGUUGCACAUACAUUUGGAACUGAUGGAUGAUAUUUUUGCUCACUUGUGAAAAAACAAAAAAAAAAUCUUUAAAGUUAUUGUUUCUGCUUAAAUGAAGUGCCUCUGAACCAGAGCAAUUGUUCAGAUUGUGUAUUUUUGAUUGUGUUUUGGCAAUGGAAGGACGUGUAUUGACACUUCACUUGCUUUUUAGAACCAUGCUAAGAGGAAGAUAAAUAUUUACCAUUUGCCUCAUAGAUUUUAUUUUCUUGUGCCAAAAUUUUUAAUUAUUACCUGUUAUACAUGAAGGGAAUUGCUAUAUAUAACUUUCUGCAUCACCUCUUGUGAAUGUGCAGAUUGUACAGAUUGGCUGCUAAACUCUCACAGGUUUUCAUGACGUUUAACAAAGAUAUCAGCUCUUGCACUUUCAGUGAAUGUCUUGCACCACAGUCCACACACUUGGAACUAUCUACUUUGUGUUUUAUAAAGUCAAAUUUGACAGAGUUUAGAGCUUACUUUUACAAAAGCAAACAAAUAUCAAUUCAGUAUAAGGAUUAAGACUUUCGCAAAUAAUUUAAAGACAAAAGCAACUGAUACAAAUGGCCAAAACACAUCUGGGAAUUUCAAAGCAUUUAAUCUGUUGUUGCAACUUUCCUUCAGUUAGAAAGUAGCAAUUGAGGUAAUAUAAUUAUGGUGCGACACCAGUUAAGGUAAUUAAGGUAAUAUUUGACAAAAUUAUCUUAAGACACUGGAAACUAUAAUGUGCUUUAGGUGAGAUUUGGAUAUAUGCAUAUGAUAUGGACAUGUUGCGUAUACAUUUUAGAAAUUUAGUAAUAGAUUGCCACUUCUGAAAAACAGUAAUUACUAAACCCCUAACUGAUCUCAUAUUACCAACAGUUUAAUCCAUUACCUAACCACCAAGACCUUGUGAAAGUGCAGUAAUAAGGACUUGUUGAUGUUAAGGGAUAGUUCACAUAAUUUCGUCACCCUCAUGAUGUUCCAAGCCAGUAUUAUUUUUUUGUUGUUGUUUUUACUGUGGAGCGCUAAAGUGGAGGUGUAAUGCUAGCCCCAGUUACCAUUUACUUUCAUUGCAUGGAAAAAAGAUGCAAUGAAAGUGAAUGGUGUCUAAAGCUAACAUUUUGCCAAACAUCUCCUUUUGUGUUUCACGGGUGAAAGAAAGAUUUAGAACAGCAUGUGGGUGAGUAAAUGAUGACACAGUUUUCAUUUUUGGGUGAAAUAUCCCUUUAAUCCAGUUCAUCUGAUAAUUACUGUUCAAAUAAUGUGGAGGUCAAGUAAUAGCGAUGACUGCUGAAUGAGGAAAAGCUAACUUAGUGUAACCAGUAAACUGACCUUAUAUGAUAGGCAUCCAUGUCACAGAUCGGCCAUAAUUGCUUAGAAAUCCUGUGCAGUCACAAAAUGUCACCAUAGUGUUUUGCAUCGUCUCCCUCCGUUGACUAUUUGGACUAAUUGGAUGGACUUUAAAUGGACUAAUUGGAUCCGUAUGUCCAUUAUUUUGAUAAACUUGACAAGAAUAACAAGUAUUCCCAUGUGUCAUUAUGUAGAAGCCUUUAAAUAGUAUGAAUGCAGCUCUUUUAAGACAACUUGUUUACUGCAAAUCUCAUCCUCUUGCUGAAUAUUACAAUUAACAUGCAUCACUCAUUACAAUUUUAAAUCGCUUCACUUCCUUUAGUGUUCCAGGGAACAAUGACUUUGAUCUAACUUAUCCUGAAGGUUCAUUCCUACAGUUUUGUCCUGCAGUUUUGAGGAAAUUAUAAAUCAAGCCCAGCAAAUAUUAUCAACAGGUUUCUUGUUUUAAAAUAGUCUGAAAAAAUCUCAUCCAACCCUUAAAUGUCCUCUAACAGUAAUUUAUUAAAUAUUUGUAUAUUGCACAUAUGCACUAGCUCCUCAAAUGCAGAUAUACUAUUUGCUUUCCUCUUUGCAAUCUAUAUUUCUCGAAAAUUAUGCAGGAAAGUUGGAAUUGCACUUGUAGAACACUGCUAAAUGAUUGUGGGAAAUUUACAGAUACACUGUUUCUGUAUCACUCAGUUUACAGAAGUUCUUUUUGUAGGUUUGAAUAAGAACAGAUAUGAAGUAAAUUCUUGUUUGUUUGUUUGUUUGUGUCUGUUCAAACACUUUGUCCCUAGAUCUGCCUAGAUGUCAGAAUGCAUAAAGAAGAAAAAAAAAUCCUUUAUAUUUCAUUUGUUUUGUGUUCUUUACAGUUUUCAUGAGACUAUCGAGACAGUUAGAAUGACAUUAUCGAGACAAGGUUUCCAAAAGCUGUAAGAUUCACUGUGCUUACGUGCAUUGCAAUCAAACAGAAAUUGUUUUCAGAUGGUUUAGACAGUUUUUCACUGAAAUGCCUGUGUACAAAACAAACUGUUAUUUUUUUCUUCAACUAAUCAUUCCUGUUAUUCUGUUGUGUUAGUCAAAGGUAAAGAGAAGCAAUUAUACUGCAUUCAACAGGAUUUGUCUAGACACAAAGUUCUGUUCUCCAAGGGCAUUUCUUUCUCUCUCUCUCUCUCUCUCUCUCUCUCUCUGUCUCUCUCUCCCCCCCCCCCCCCA